GGUAGGAGAAAUGCGUCACUGAUGUAACCGGUUGCAACUUCAUACUAGCACAAGCGUAGAGAGGGACGCGUUUAUAGCUGAAGGUUUAAAGGUGUGAGGAAGAAUUGAAUUCAUUAUCUGAAGUGAAAAGUACUUAAAAUUAGCACGAUAUGCUAAGGACAGUGGUGUGUCGGGCCGGAAGUGGGCUUCUGAGGCACGCGUGUCGGACCAGCCCGGUGUUUUGGGGGACUCGAGGUCAGCAGCGAUGGGCGUCCAGCCUUCCCAUGAACACUGUGAUUCUGUUUGUGCCUCAGCAGGAAGCGUGGGUGGUGGAGAGGAUGGGCCGCUUCCACAGAAUCCUCGAGCCUGGCCUGAACGUAUUAAUCCCGAUCCUGGACAGAAUCCGCUACGUGCAGAGUCUUAAAGAGAUCGUGAUCGAUGUUCCGGAGCAGUCCGCCGUAUCUCUUGACAAUGUGACAUUACAGAUUGAUGGAGUUCUGUACCUCAGGAUACUCGACCCCUUUAAGGCCAGUUACGGAGUGGAGGAUCCAGAGUAUGCAGUGACUCAGCUGGCACAGACCACCAUGAGAUCAGAGCUAGGGAAACUCACUCUGGAUAAAGUCUUCAGGGAGAGAGAGUCGCUGAACUCCAACAUCGUGCAUUCCAUCAACCAGGCGUCUGACGACUGGGGGAUUCGCUGCCUGCGCUACGAGAUCAAGGACAUUCACGUCCCGCCGCGCGUCAAAGAGUCCAUGCAGAUGCAGGUGGAAGCGGAGCGGAAGAAGAGGGCGACAGUUUUGGAGUCGGAGGGAACGAGGGAGGCGGCCAUCAACGUGGCAGAAGGACGCAAACGAGCGCAGAUUCUGGCUUCUGAGGGACAGAAAGCAGAGCAGAUCAACAAAGCUGCAGGAGAGGCGAAUGCUUUGUUGGCUAAAGCAGAAGCAAAAGCACAAGCAAUUAGACUUCUCUCUGAUGCGCUGACUCAGCAGAACGGUAACGCGGCGGCGUCCCUCAGCGUAGCAGAGCAGUACGUCUCGGCUUUCUCGAACCUGGCCAAACAGUCGAACACCGUCAUCCUGCCGUCCAACACGGGAGACGUGUCCAGCAUGGUCACACAGGCCAUGGCUAUUUACGGGACAUUAGCCAGGACACAGAGCCUGGGGACGGUGGAGGUGACCCCUGUACCUGUGGACGAUGAGAUGGAGGUUAAAGCUGUGUCUGAAGCGGGAACACCGGAGUCUUCACCCAGUCACUAAAAUAAACCGAUCUGAUUAGAACUGCUCCUUCUUUCUUUUCCUUUCAUUUUUAUAACAGAAUUCUCCGCAAUUCUCUUCAACUCUGAACAACAGGCGGAUUUUAUCUGCUUCCUCUGAGCCUCCUGAUUUUCUCUGUUCUCAUCGAUGUAAAAGUUCAGACAUUAAAGUCACAUUAAAGCA